CCCUCCUCUCCCCUCCCCUCUGACCCCUCCCCUCCCCUCUCUCCCUGCUCUUAACACACGCACGUUCACACCGCGCCUGCCUGAGCCAGGAAUGGAUAACGGCUGCCUCCAAACAUGGCACUGCGACAUUAUACCCUCGACUUCAGCCUCUCGUCGGCAGUUGACUCUGCAUCAACAGUCCCCAGCCUGCUGUCCAUAUUUCAUGAGCAGGAAAUGACAGAGAUCGUACAUGACACAGACGGGCGCGGAUAUCUCGCCACCUUUGUAGGAAAGAACGGCAGGCUUGUUAUUCUGCGGGUGCAUGCCCACGGGUUGCUCACGAUUGACCUGCAGUGUUACGAUGGAGAUAACAUUGCUCAACUAGACAAUCUUUUAAAUACACUGGAGAAGAAACUUAAAGUCCUCUUGCAUGGCAAAAUUACACGCAUAAAAAGGCUACCGCCGCUCAUCCGAGGAGCCAAAGUGGACAGGUACUGGCCCACCACUGACGGGAGACUGACUGAGUAUGACAUAGACCGCGUGUUAUACGACGAAGAAUCUGCUUACCAAAAUAUCCAAAUAUUGCACUCACAGCAGUUUGGGAACAUGCUGGUCCUCAAUGGAGAUAUCAACCUGGCCGACAGCGACCUGCCCUACACUGAAGCCAUCAUGGGCAGUGGCAAGGAGGACUAUGCUGGCAAGGAAGUGCUGAUUUUAGGAGGAGGAGAUGGAGGCAUCCUGGCUCAGGCUGUCAAACAAAAACCAAAGAUGAUCACCAUGGUGGAGAUUGAUCAGAAGGUGAUUGACGGCUGCAAAACAUACAUGAGAAAGACGUGUGGCAAUGUGCUGGACAACCUGAAGGGAGACUGUUACCAAAUUCUAGUAGAGGACUGUGUGCCUGUGCUGAAGAAGUACGUCCUGGAGGGAAGAACCUUUGACUACAUCAUUAACGACCUGACUGCAGUCCCAAUAUCUACAGAGCCAGAAGAAGACUCCAUGUGGGAGUUCCUGCGUCUUAUUUUGGAUCUGUCAAUAAAAGUCCUGCAUCCAAAGGGGAAAUAUUUCACACAGGGCAACAGUUCAAAUAUGACUGAGGCGCUGAGUCUGUACGAGGAGCAGCUGGGAAGACUCUCGUGUCCUGUGGACUUCUCCAAAAAAGUGGUUUGCGUUCCCUCCUACAUGGAGCUCUGGGUUUUCUACACCGUGUGGAAGAAGUAAAUUUUCUCACAGAUUUUUUUUUUUUUUCCUUUUUUCUCCAGCUGCUGGAAUGUGAAUAGGCCUUUUUUUCAGUCACAGCCCUCAAGGUGUGUUCAGACUGAACAUGACCUCAGAAUAACUACUUUAAAGAUAAAACAUGACACAACUCUUUUGUAUGAUUAUGGUCAGUCACCUUGACAAACAAAGUGGCAGUCUGUCAGCUCUGACCACAUCUGGAGGAAUACUUUUAUUUUUCCCUCUCUUUGUCUGCCUUUGUUUCAUUUGUGUUUGUAAAAGGCUGGUUAUCAUGAUGGUGGUUGCACUUUUCAUUUGUGAGCACAUACACUGUUUGUGUGACGUUACUGAUUCGAAGUUAGCGCAAAAAUUGUGUAAUUUCUCCUCACAACAGAAUUCUUUGUUAGCUGUUUUUGCUGCAGAUUUUCUGAUUAUAUUGUUUUCCAGCUGUGCAUUCAAAUGUCCAAAAGAUGUUUUAAAAGGGAAACGAUUCCACCAGUUAAUUCCCCCCUUGUGCUAUUUUUAUGUCAUGUUUUAUUAUUAGUAACAUCGGCUUUUCUCCUGAUCAUGCGUUCCACUCACGCAUGUGAAGGACACUGAAUGUAGCUCACGCAGCACGUUUACAAGCAACCCUGUGGGACUCGGUUACAUGUACUGGUAUUUAUUCCCUUUAAGUUCCACAAAAAUUAUAUUGUCCAACUUUUUUUUGUCUUUUUUUUUUUGUGACAAUUAGUAAUUAAAUUGGUUUUGUGUAAUGGAUUUUUUUUGUGGGAGAGGGGAAGAAAUGUUGGAAGAAAUAUAAAAGAUAAACCUUUGCACGUUCUAAAGAAGCAUCAUAAAGACCAAUUAUGACAUGAAUGCCUCAAGGAUUAAAAAGUAGCAACGAUGGGAAAUGCUUGCAUUGGCUUUCUUGAUGUAAUUAAAGAACAGGAAGUCCAUUUACUGCAUGUGUUUAUUUACAUGGAAUUGUAUCCAAAGUACAAAAUAAAACUUAUUUGUAUCAUUCA